GCCUGCACCGCCCCCGCUGUCUUUUCGCUGCCACCGGAAGGCCUUCGCUAGCGCUCCGGUUCCAUCCGCCUCCAUCCACCUCCAUCCCGGCCAUCCGCCGCCGCGAUGCCGCCCAAGUUCGAUCCCAACGAGAUUAAAGUCGUUUACCUGCGCUGCACCGGCGGCGAGGUCGGAGCCACGUCCGCGCUGGCCCCCAAGAUCGGACCCCUGGGGCUGUCCCCCAAGAAGGUGGGCGAUGACAUCGCCAAGGCCACGGGCGACUGGAAGGGGCUGCGGAUCACGGUGAAGCUGACGAUCCAGAACAGGCAAGCGCAGAUAGAGGUUGUUCCUUCUGCCUCUGCUCUGAUUAUCAAAGCUCUGAAGGAGCCACCUCGUGACAGGAAGAAGCAGAAGAACAUUAAGCACAGCGGCAGCGUCACCUUCGACGAGAUCGUCAACAUCGCGCGGCAGAUGCGGCACCGCUCGCUGGCCCGGGAGCUCUCGGGGACCAUCAAGGAGAUCCUUGGCACUGCCCAGUCCGUGGGCUGCAGCAUUGAUGGGAGACACCCCCACGACAUCAUCGAUGACAUCAACAGUGGUGCCAUCGAGUGCCCGGCUAGCUAAGACUGCAGAAAAGGAAGUUGCCACAUGAAGGCUCCUUCAGUUUUUUGUAGCACUUUAAAUACUAAAAUAAAGACCCAGUUGUCUGCAAACAUUA